AUGAACAUCGAACUUGCCACCACCUCUGAGCGCUGGCAAUGGCUUGGUGCCGUUGUUGGCAGCAAGCCCAGGUCGCGCCUCAAUGCUAAGGACGCGCAGGACCUGCGCCGGCGCUCCUCCGCCCAGCCCCCUCACCCUGCUGCAAAUGCAAACCUCUCCUGGCGCCGCAAGCGCAAAUCCUGGCUCUCGGGUGCAGUCUGCGUCUUCAUGGUCACAGUUCCUCCUUUCCUGGUGAUUUUGACCUGGAUUGCUCUCGAGCACUUCAAUGGCUCGCUGGUUGCCGCUUUGUUUGCCCUGCAAGAGCUUGGCCUGUCCACCUUCGCCGGCCAGUUCGCCCCGGCGGCGAACCUGCGCACAAGCUUGGUCUAUUUUGCUUGGAUCCUCUUCCAGGCCUUCCUCUACACGGUCCUUCCUGGAAGAAGCACGGGUCAGCUGACUGCCGCUGGAAAUCUGCUCGAGUACCACACCAACGGACUGCUGGCCUGGCAGAUUACCGUGGCGCUCUUCGCCGCGGCCGUCUUCUCCGGUGUUCUUGAUGCCGCAAUCAUCGCCAAAAAUUGGGAAGGCUUGGUUGUUAUCUACAACAUUUACGGCUACUCGUUGUCGUGCCUAGCCUACGCGAAAGCGCACUACGCCCCAUCCUAUGCCGAGGACCGUAACUUCAGUGGAUCUGCUCUUUACGAUUUCCUCAUGGGCAUUGAAUUCAAUCCGCGCUUUGGCAAGACUUGGGACUGGAAGCUUUUCCACAACGGCCGUCCGGGCAUCAUUGGCUGGACCCUCAUCGACCUGUCCUUCACGGCGCUGCAAUACCAGAAGCACGGCUAUAUCACUAACUCGAUCAUCAUUGUUGACAUUUUCCACGUCAUAUAUGUGGUUGAUUUCUUCGUCAAUGAGAGUUGGUACCUCCGCACCAUUGACAUCUGCCAUGAUCAUUUUGGAUUUUAUCUCGCAUGGGGCUCAGCCGUCUGGUUGCCGACCAUGUAUACUCUGCAGUCCCAGUAUCUCGCCCGUUACCCGGUCCAGCUCUCUCCGUUAGCGGCAGCACUGAUCUUCACCAUUGGAGUUUCGGGCUACGCACUCUUCCGCUCUGUCAAUUUCCAGAAGGACGUUGUGCGCCGCACUAACGGGGAAUGCACCAUCUGGGGCAAAAAGGCAAAGGUCAUGCGGUGCCAGUUCAAGACAGCCGACGGACGCGAUCACCAGACUCUGUUGCUGCUUUCGGGCUGGUGGGGCAUUUCGCGCCAUUGCAACUACGUGGGCGACCUCAUGCUUUCCUACUCCAUGUGCGCAGUCUGCGGUACGCGAGACAUUAUUCCCUGGACGUACGCCAUCUUCAUGACAUGCAUCCUUGUCCAUCGUUGCUUCAGAGACGAGGCACGCUGCCGUACCAAGUAUGGCGAGCAGUGGACCAAGUACUGCAACAUAGUCCGUUGGAGGCUGAUUCCAGGAAUCUGGUAG